CCGUAUCACAAUCACUUCAUUCGUCUAGCAAGAACACAGCAGCGGCCUAACCGUAGCUAGCACAACACUAAACACCUAAAAUGGCAUUCAAAUUCGCCGUCUUCGCCGCCAUCGUGGCCGUCGCCAGCGCCGUCGCCAUCCACCCCUCCCCGUUGGGAGCUUACCACGCUCCGCUCGGAGCCUACCACGCUCCGCUCGGAGCCUACCACGCGCCUCUGGGAGCCUACCACGCUCCGCUCGGAGCAUACCAUGCUCCUCUGGGAGCUUACCCUGCUGUGGCCAAGGUCGCUGCUCCUCUGGCCGUCGCUAAGGUUGCUGCUCCGUACGCAGAAUACGAUGCCAACCCUCAGUACAGCUACAGCUAUGCCGUUGCCGAUGCCGUGACUGGUGAUAACAAGAACCAGCAGGAGUCCCGCUCCGGAGAUGUUGUGACUGGAUCCUACUCGCUGGUUGAGCCCGAUGGCACCCGUCGUACUGUUGAGUACAACGCUGACCCCAUCAACGGAUUCAACGCCGUCGUCCACCGUGAGCCGCUGGCCGUCAAGGCUGUUGCCCCAAUUGCCAAGUACGCUGCCCCGCUGGCCUAUCCCGCCGUCGCUAAGGUUGCUGCCCCGUACGCUCCAUACGGAUACCCAGCCUACGGCAAGGCCAUCCUUGGUUAAGCCCUGCAUACCAUCCUUAGACAUAAUCGCGGAACUGUUCUUAAGUCCAGUGCCUAAUGCCUGCUCCUCUUGAAGUCAUUAGUUAACGUCUUCCUUUAUUUA